UUAUGGAGCAGACUGUGCAACUGCGACCUCUUCUGACCUGCACUUGGUCCUUUGUACAGUGGAUACCCUGGCAUCUGAGAUCUGUGAUGGAGAGGGUAGGGAGAACCUCUAUUUGCAGCUCCAUGGAGACCUGGUCAGGAUGUCACCUACUGCCUUGACCCCUUGGAAGGAAGCGAUACCACUUAGCAGCUUCAGACAAAAAUCUGUGCUGCAGAAGAACAUCUAUAAUGCAGAGUACAAUACAAGUGUCUGAAUGGGGCAUGCUGUACAGGGUAUCAUGGGGAAUGUCUAGAGAUGUUACUGUAAACACUCAAGUAUCAUGGGGAAUGCCUCCAAGUCUUCCUCAAGGCAGUCCCUUGGGAGUUGUGCAAGUCCAACGCAAGUCCAGAAUGUUUCAAAGGAGAAACCCCUGCAGCGAGGCUGGAGCCCACAGAGAAACCCCUUCAGAUUGUGUACGAGUACUUGGCUGGGCUCGGCUUUGAGGAUCUUGUGAGAAUACAGGAAGAGGCAGCAAACUCUGAUCUCAGCUGCAUGAUUCGCUUUUACAAUGAAAAGCCAUGUCAAGUGGAGCAACUAGACCGAAUCCUUCUGUCUGGGGUCUAUAAUGUGCGCAAAGGGAAGACGCAGUUGCACAAGUGGGCAGAACGCUUGGUCAUUCUCUGUGGCACCUGCCUCAUCGUAUCCUCAGUGAAGGAUUGCCAUACAGGAAAGAUGCACAUUCUGCCUCUUGUCGGAGGGAAGGUGGAAGAAGUGAAGCGUCGGCAGCACUCACUUGCUUUCAGCUCUGCUGGUGCACAGGCUCAAACCUACCAUGUUUGCUUUGAAACGCUGGCAGAGUACCAGAGAUGGCACCGGCAGGCAUCCACGGUGGUGUCUCAGCGACUCAGCACAGUUGAUCUGUCUUGUUAUAGCCUUGAGGAGGUACCUGAGCAUCUCUUCUACAGUCAAGACAUCACCUACCUCAACCUGCGACACAACUUUAUGCGACUGGAUGGAUCAGGGGGUCUUGACUCUCUUUGCAGGUUCUCUCAGCUGAAGGGCCUGAACCUGUCCCAUAAUAUGCUGGGGGAGCUUCCUAUAUUGCUGUGUGAGAUCUCCACUCUGACUGAACUCAACAUUUCCUGUAAUGGGCUUCAUCACCUGCCAAGCCAGAUUGGCAACCUGUUCAAUCUCCAGAUCUUAUGUCUUGAUGGGAAUUUCCUCACAUCUUUGCCAGAAGAGUUGGGAAACCUGCAGCAGCUCUGCUCUCUCGGGCUUUCCUUCAACAACUUCAGUGAGGUGCCAGUGGUCUGUGAGAAACUCACUGCCUUGGACAAACUGGCCAUGGCAGGGAACCAGCUGGAAACCCUGAACCUUGGGAUGCUGAACAGGAUGAGCCACAUCAGAUAUGUGGAUCUUAGGCUGAACCACCUGUGGAGAUUAUCUGUUGACAGCCUGGAGGGGAACAAAUCUGUGACCCACAUGGAUUUGCGAGACAAUCGGCUGACUGACCUGGAUCUGAGCUUCCUUGGCAGUCUGGAGCAGCUGCACUGUGAGCGGAAUCAACUGACGGAACUGACUCUGAGUGGCUUCUCCCUUCGGGCACUCUAUGCCAACACCAACUGUCUGAUGACUGUAAAUGUUUAUCCAGUCCCUAGUCUGCUGACCUGCCUAGAAAUCUCCCGUAACCAGCUGCUGUGUAUCCCUGACUGGGCCUGCGAAGCAAAGAAACUUGAGGUUUUGGAUAUGAGCUACAAUCUCCUCACAGAGCUUCCAUCAAGGACCCUGAGUAGUUUGAGUCUUCGGAAGUUGAUGGUGGGGCACAACCAUGUGCAGAGUCUUCCACUUCUGCUGGAACACAUUCCCCUGGAGGUGCUGGACCUCCAGCAUAACCUGAUCACUAAACUUCCGGAGAUGUUCUUCUUCAAGGCUCUGAAUCUCAGGUACUUGAAUGCAUCUGCCAACAGCCUGGAGUCGUUGCCAUCUGUUUGCCCUGGGGAAGAGAGUCUCAGCAUGCUGCAGCUACUUUACUUGACCAAUAAUAACCUCACAGAUCAGUGCAUCCCUGACCUGGUGGGACACGCAAACUUACGGGUCCUGCACCUGGCAAACAACCAACUGCAAACCUUCCCUGCAAGCAAACUGAGCAAGCUGGAGCAGCUAGAAGAGCUGAACCUGAGUGGCAACAAGCUGAAGACGAUUCCUACAACAAUCGCAAACUGCAAGCAGCUGCACACACUUAUUGCACACUCAAAUGAGAUCAGUAUCUUCCCAGAGAUCCUGCACCUACCUUGUAUUCAGUUUGUAGACUUGAGCUGCAAUGAACUAACAGAAAUCGUGAUCCCUGAGGUGCUGCCAGCUACCUUGCAGGAGCUGGACCUGACUGGAAACACAAACCUGGUGCUAGAACACAAGACCCUGGACAUCUUCAGUCACAUUGCCACCCUGAAGAUUGAUGCCAAGCCCUCCCUCACAGCAGACUCAGUACUCUCCUCUACGCUGUGGAAUCAUGGGUUAGCCGAGAUGGCUGGUCAGAGGAAUAAGCUCUGUGUGUCGGCCCUGGCUCUGGGGAGCUUUGCAGACAGCGUGGAAGCUGUGUACGGCAUGUUUGACGGUGACAGGAAUGAGGAGCUGCCCCGUCUCCUGCAAUGCACUAUGGCAGACGUGCUACUGGAGGAGGUGCAGCAGUCGAACAUAGACUCUGUGUUCAUGUCUAACACCUUCCUGGUCUCCCACAGGAAGCUGGGGAUGGCUGGCCAGAAGCUGGGCUCCUCUGCUGUCCUUUGCUAUAUUCGACAUGAUGCUACUGACCUGGCUGGCAGCUUCACUCUGACAUUGGCCAAUGUGGGCACAUGCCAAGCCAUUCUGUGCCGCAGUGGAAAACCCCUGCCCCUUUCCAAAGUCUUCAGCCUGGAACAAUAUCCUGAGGAGGCCAGGAGAGUCAAGGAGCAAAAAGCCAUCAUAACAGAGGACAACAAGGUUAAUGGUGUAACCUGCUGUACUCGGAUGCUAGGCUGCACGUACUUACAUCCUUGGAUCCUGCCCAAGCCUCACGUCUACUCCAUUCCCCUGACUGUGCAGGAUGAGCUGCUCCUACUGGGGAAUAAAGCCCUCUGGGAACACCUCUCUUAUACAGAGGCUGUCACGGCUGUACGCCACCUGCAUGACCCACUAGCUGCUGCAAAGAAGGUCUGCACUUUAGCCCAAAGCUAUGGCUGCCAAGACAAUGUGGGAGCAAUGGUGGUGUGUUUGAACAUUGGUGAGGACAGCUGCACAUGUGAGAUGCACGGCCUCACCUUGCCGGGCCCUGGGGGCAUUAUUUCCACUGCCAAACCAACAACGCCUUCCUCAGGUAGUGGAAUUGCCUCAGAGUUCAGCAGUGAGCUGUCAGCCUCAGAAGCUAGCAGUGAGGUGGGCUCCACUGCGUCAGAUGAACACAGUGGAGCUGGUCUGGAUGCAGGGUUGGUGCCUCGACCCGAGCGACGCUGCAGCCUCCAUCCUGUGCCCCCAUCCAGCAUUUUUCAGCGCCAACCUUCCUGUGCCACGUUCUCUAGUAAUCAUUCUGACAAUGGUCUGGACAGCGACGAUGAGCAGCCUGUGGAGGGUGUGAUGACCAAUGGCAGCAAAGUGGAGGUGGAAGUGGACAUCCACUGCUGUAAAGGAAAAAGCCUGGAGCCUCGGCCUCCUGGUGCUGAGGAGGGAUCUCCUGCUGCUGGCUCAGAGGAUGACUCUGGGGGGUUCUUCUUCAGGAUUCAGAGACAGAACAGUGUGAACAGCAACAUCCUCCUGGCAGGAACCAAGGAGAGGUGCGAGUUGCAGAAGUCUCCUUCUACAUGCUGUCUCUAUGGGAAGAAGCUUUCCAAUGGCUCCAUAGUGCCCCUGGAAGAGAGCCUCAACCUUAUUGAGGUAGCCACAGAGGUACCGAAGAAGAAAACAGGUUAUUUUGCUGCUCCCACCCAGCUGGAGCCAGAGGAUCAAUUUGUUGUGCCUCCUGACCUGGAAGAGGAAGUGAAGGAACAAAUUAAGCAGCACCAUGGGAGUGGUGCGGAGCAGGAGCCCAAUGAGAAGGCUGCAGUGGCUCCUCCAGAUGAGUUUGACACAGCUUUGUAACCCCAUCGGGGCAGAGGAGUUGGCAUCUGCAAGGAAAGGAACAGACAUCAGCUCCCUCCUUAUUGGAGUGGAGGAUGAGCCUGGAGCUUUAAACUCAGGGCUGCCAGCUUCUUGAGGCAGCAUCCCUGCUGUUCUGUGAGCCCAGGGUACUCAGGCCAGCAGCCAAGCUCCAUGCUGGGGAUUGUCUGGCAAUUGAGAAGGCAGACUUCCCUAUGUGUGGUCCCACCACCUGCCAUUAACCCUUGCCCUCCUGAGGAUUUGCCAGGCAGUGGGCUGGUUUCUGUGUAGGAGCUGAGGAGGCAGCUGUUGUUAUGCACAGCAUCCAGAGUUCUGUGAAGUAUCUGAUUCAGCCAUCAUGAUGGGACUGGUCACUUGGCUUCACUAUUCAGAGAAUACAGCUGGUCACAAUGAAGCUUACUAGAGACACAGAACCAGUCAGAGAAUUGAUUCUUAUAUGCAUCGCAAGCACUUUCAUUGACUGCACUCGAGCCAUUUUGCUCCCCAUCUGCCCAGCACUUUACUAUGUAGGGAGAGGGGCUUCCGUAACCUCACAAUGGAUAUGACGGGGGGAUUCCUCCGAAUGGGAAUUGGUGCCCUCCUGAUAGGUACCCCAGGGGCCCUGGGGGAGCUGAGGUAGUUCUGUCACCACUUGUUAUGAGGUUAUCUAGGGGCUUCCUGCCAACCUGAAGGGUACAAGCGGGACAUGAGGGCUGGGUGCCCCAAUGACAGAUAUGACCAUGAGGCAUGGAGGAGUUCCAGGAGGGGUUUGGCUGUCCCCAUAACAAAUAUGAUCGUGGGUAGGGAUGGGGCUAGUGUGUACAACCAUAGGGGAUAGGGGGUUGGCCACCGUCCUGGUGUGCACUUCAAGGCAGAACCUUCCAUAUCCGCCAGACAUGGGAUGAAGUCAGAAUCCCCUGCAAAGCACAGAGUCUGUGCUCUUUGUGGUGCCCUCAGCUGGCAGAAGCUAAGAAGUGUGAGCGGGGGGACUUCAUCUUGUCCAUCGGGGUGUUUUGUUUGUAGCAGUAAAGGCUAAUGAGCAGCCUAGAGUGCUCUGCAUGUGCCAAGAUGGUUCAUUUCACAAGCACUCCCUCUAAUACACAUGGCGAAAUAUGAACCUCUUACACUGCAGCAGCAAAAGCGCCCUUGCCUGUCUCUGCAGAAGCAGAAAGCAGAAUCAGUGUCCAGGACUGCCCAUGCUCCAGCUGCAAGUGCUCAGACCAGGAAGUGAACAAGAUGAAGCUGUGUGGUUUCUGCUUAGUUCUAAACUCAAGAUGGAAAAUGGAACUUUUGGAAAAAAGGAUUUUAGAACAACUCUGGAGAGUAGCAGUGAGCUGCCCAGCAUCCAGUCAGCAAAUGUGUUCCAGUUUCCACCUUCAGGGCCUGGAUGGGCCAGUAUGCAGCGUGGUGCCCUGCUAGCACUUUUCUGGCUGUUUUUCCAGGAUUUAAGCAUUCAUCUUUACAAAAGGGUUGCAAAGACAACCUUCCAUCUGUGAUCCAGGCAGAUCAUCUUCCUGAGUCUGCAGCCCAGGAGUUGGGAACAAUAGCUCUGAGGUGGGAGCUGCCUCAGUAAUUUCAGGGUAUGUCUACACUACAAUUAAACAUCUGUAGCUGGCCUGUGUCAGCUGGUUUGGGCUCCAGAGCUAUUUAUUUGCAGUGUAGACAUUCAGGCUUGGGGACCCCACAAGGAGGGAGGCUCCCAGAGCCUGGGAUCCUGCCCGAGCGCAAACAUGUACACUGCAAUUAAACAGCCCCGAGCCCUAUAAGCCUGAGUCAGCUCUAUACAGGCCAGCCCCAAGUGUUUAAUUGCAGUGUAGACAUACCCUCAGUGGUAUGACAACACUGAUAGCCUCAUUAUGACAUUAUUUGGGACUAGUGCUAGUGUUAUUUUACUUAUUUAUUAUGUCUAGGAAGAAAGUCUGAAAGGUUUUUCCAAAAGAGUUCUGGGCUUUUGGGGUGAGUAUUAUUUUGUCUGGUGUGUUUGGUUUUUGCUUCUCUUUUAUAUCAGAAAGUCAGGUCUUGUCUGACCUGGAAUACUCAAUGUACAAUUAGAGAACUAGUGGGAUUCUGACAUCAUAGAUCCUGUGAGAAAACGUGAUAGCGGGGAAGUAGCUAUUAUUCAGAACGUAAAACUCCUUGGCUUUGUCUUCACUAGGGGAAAAAUAUGUCUUUUUACUACAUGGUAGCCAACAUCCUAGCCCUGCUAACGUGCGUGGAAAGAACUGCCUGAUCCACAUAAGGGGCUAUUCCGCACUAGAGUCGGUACCAUAGUGCAGCUACCAGAGACACUCAAUGCCGAUGGAAGAGAGCUCUGCUGUCGGCAUAAUAAAUCCGCCAACACAGCACUGUCCGCACUGGCGCUUAGGUCGGUGCAACUUACAUCGCUCGGGGGGGUGGCUUUUUCACACCCCUGAGUGACAUAAGUCAUACUAACAUAAGUACUAGGGCGUACAAGCCCUAGGAUUUCAUCAUGUUUAAUUACCACGUUAGCUAAUGUCAUAGAAAAUCGCCUCUUUCCCAUAGGAUGGUCUCACCCUUUGAGUUUUGUUAACACCUAUUUUAACUUAGAAGUUGGGAGAAAACCUUUUUGUUAAAGAUUCGAAACCUCUGCUAGUUCUAUCAACCUAGAGAGAAUUAAGGGACAAGAGCGCUCCCACACUGUCUCUGAGUUAUCCAAGGAGUCUACAGUGAAAAGAGGAAGACCAAAAAAAUUAUUUAAAAAACAAAACAAAAAAACCUUUCAGGUUCUCUUCCUUAAAAGAAGCAAAAAUUGCAGGUCCCCUUUAAUUCUUUCACUGCUGAUAAUUUUAACAAACUCCUGAGCUAGCCCAGUAGUCUCAGAAGCACUACAGAAGAGCUGCAGUACAGCCUCUUAUACAGUCUUGGACUAAUGCACUGACAUGGAAAUGUGCCCCUCUUCCUGAGUAAGAAUGUGAAUCGAACCCUUGCACUAGUACACUAGUAUGUGCUAUUACAAAUAAGGUUCUGUACUGGAAUCCUUGCACUGAUGUGGAAAAUCCAGCAUGUGUCUCCGACUAGUAAUUAGAUUCUGAACAUGAUAUCUGGGCUCCAACUAACCUGGGCUGUGAGGGAGUGUUGCAGCUGUCAUUGAGAGGACUGAUUUUAUCAGCUCUGUAUGGCUCAGUGGAAAAAGUGCAGGUAAAAGCAAAACAGACAGUUCAGGUGGAGUGUAUAGAUACAGAGCCUCCAUUGGGUGGAGCUGCUGAAGUAAAGGCUAAUUGUGUACAGUGAUCAUCACUUAGGAUUUUCUCUAAUCCUAUGUAUUUGGAGCAGAAAGAGGUUUUAAUGUGACCAGCUCCCUCCCUCCAACUCCUGUACACUCAUUGGUUAGUGGUGGAGUCCUUGCACAACAUGGCAUGUUAUCAUAGACGCCAAUCAGAACAGAGGGCUUCCUCUUGCUCUGAUACAUUGCUCUAAUGCACGUCUUAUGAGAAGAGUGUUUCACUCCAGGCUGCACAGUCUGAGCUUCCCCCUCUUCCUGGCCUCUUGAUUUCCUGCUUUCCAUGGGGCAGCAAGCUUCUUCCUUGUCUUUCCCAACUUACUUCUUGUUUUCUUAUAUUUUCAAGCUCCUAGGAACCCUGUCACCCAGGUGGGGACAGGCUGGGCUGGUGGGGGCAGCCCUAGUGAUGGGUUCUCAGCUGAGGGUGAGGUGAAGUACAAAGAAAGAGGAGUUUCCCAUGCUUAUUUCAAUUUCUAUCUGACCAGAGUUCUCCAUAGCCUCUUCUUUUUCCUGAUGAUGAUCUCAGGCCGUUGCACAGUUGCUGUCAUCUCUGCAGGCUUGCAGCAGUGGAAUCUUGACCUGGGGGUUGUGGCCACUCUCCCCUUCCUCUAGUGAUAAAAAUAUGGAAAAGGUUGAGAACCACUGACCUAGAGCAUCUGUGUAAUAAAGAGACUGUCCAUGGAAGAGAAGUUGGAGCUGUCGUUUUCCCAGUGAGGGGCUGCAGUUUGCCGGUUAGUAUUAUUCCAUCUGUCAAGUCUCAAGUAUUUCUCUCCUUCUUGGUGUGCACUUUCAACAGCAGCAGAUACUCCUAAGGCACUAACUUAUCUGCUUUACUUGUUCAAUAAGGUCCCAGUAGAAGGAACUAAUGAACAAAAUAUCUGAUAUAAGAGCAAACUAAUUCCAAGGCAAAAAGUAUUGAGGAUAAGAAAUCUUGGCCAGUUAGCAGCCUCCGAAUUGCUCCCAGCUGCCUAGAGCAGAUGAGGCUGAGGCUGCCUGAUGGAAACUGCUGACUCCUAAACUGUGGGGCGAGGGUUAAUUUCAUUCCAGAAAGUGACAAGCACUUCAGGAUACUCUCUCUGUCAUGGGGAUAGGUUGCUCUUAAGAUCUACCACCCUUUCUCUAGUUUACAUAACAUACAGCCACAUCUAUGGUCCUCGUAACCCAGGAGUUUCUCCACCUCUCCUGAAGGAUGUAGGUUUUAUGCCAAAGGGCGUUAAGGCAGUGGGUUCACGUCAUAGUUUUUGUGCAAUCAUUGUCCGCUGUUCUAUUGCAAUCUUCAGACUUGUGUAUUUUUGAUAUUUUUGAAAUGUGUUAACUUUUUUAACUUGUCACAUGAGCUAGAGCAUGUUAAAGAGAAAUUGCAGCAAAACGAUUUUCCAUGCCUUUGUUUUAAAAUGAAGCAUAUACUAUUUUAUGUACCUUACUCUAGCAUGCAGCUAUAACAAUGCCCCUCUUUCAUUGUGUGUGGAAGUAGAUUGUUAUACUGAAUGCACCUUCAGCACUGCACCCACUGUAUGUGACAGCAAAAGGAGGAAGAGCCUUGGGGUGAAAAUGUGAUUCCAUUGAUUCUUUACUAAGAUAUACAGAACAGUUCAGAAAGGAAGAAUAUUUUUGAUCAACUUUUCAGCGGACAUAGCAAUAAAGAUUUUUACUUUCA